AUGUGCGAUUUACCUGUGUUGCGAAGAGAGGGAGAAAGGCCUAUGGAAUAUACGGGAAAGGGAGAGACAGACAAAACCGAUGCGGACCUGGCAUAUGAGGAGCUAGCCAAACAAGUAGCUAAGAUGACAGCUGAAGAGGCAGCUGUAUUUGUACGUACCCCGAGCAAGCGUUACAAAGCGAAGCAUAGGAAGACGGGAAGGAUCAAAAUAAAGGAACUAAUAGAUCAGGCUAGGGAAAAUGCUAAGGAAUUGAAAGGCGCAAUACAGGGAUUAAAUUGUAUUGUCGAAUUGCCAGAAAUAGAGGUCGAUCUAGACAGACGAAGACCAAUAGCGAAACAGGGAUAUAUAAUAGGAGCAAUGGUGCAACAAAGAGGGAAUACCAGGGAGUGGAAACGAGUUGCGAAUGGACCUGGAAAACAAGAAAACUUUGAGGACAAGAAAGAGUCGCCCUGGCCUAAUGCUAUUCUGGAAUUUACAGAAUUUGACAAGUGGAUUGAAGGUGUUGACGGAAUUAAACCUGCAGCAGACAAAGUGGAAGCGAUCAAUCUAUGGCCAGAAGACCUUGCUAACGAGACACAGGUGCGACAAUUUCUAGGCACGGUUAACUACUGCAGAAUGUUUAUGGGGCCGAGAUAUGCAGAUCUUGCGCGACCCCUAGUAGACCUCACGCUGCUUGAACAAGAGGAAAGGCCUGUUGGUUUCCUGAGUCAGGUCAUGACUCACGCUCAGCAGAAAUAUUCUAUAUACGAUCAAGAAUUGUUGGCUCUUAUAACGGCACUAGACAAGUGGCAGCAUCUACUAAGGGUCGCAGAGGUUACAGCUUAUACGGAUCAUCAGGCGCUUACCUUUCUUCAACGUAAUAAUUCGCAGAAGCCGUUGCGGGGUCGAACAGCGCGAUGGUUGGAUUUCUUGGCGAAGUUCCCGAAUCUUAAGAUUACCUAUUUACAAGGCGCAAGAAACAAGGUAGCGGAUGCGAUGUCUAGGCAUCCACAGCAUGUAAAUGACGAAUCGCUAAGACCUGCUCAGCUUUUAGCUUCUCUUCUUCAACAGCCGGCGGGAGCGGGUGUGCAUCCCAGAUAUUCUACGCGGUUAACAACGGGGUCGGUACCGCCUACAGACUUUCGGGCGAUGAUGGGGCGGAGGUCGGCCUCAAGCAGUCAACGGAGAGAUGGAACGGAGUCCCAAACUUCUUCGCGAGUUUCGGCAGAGAGUAUUGACGAUUCUGUACAGGAUGCAUCCAGUUCGCGAGAUUCAACAGACGACACUUUAAAUUCGGCAGUUCCGUCAUCCGAUGCUCAGCCGACCUCAUUCAAGAGUGCUGAGAUACGGGCAGAGACACUUUCGGCACCUGAGCAUUUGUCGGCGCAACGUUGGCGGGAAGCCUACGACCGUUGUUCGCAGUUCAGAGAUAUUGUGGCAGAAGCAAUGCGUAAAGGGGAAGAAGAGUUCGUGCAUCAGUUGCAGGGCCGCCGAGCGUCGAAAACGAUUUCCCAGAAGCCGGCGGGGCUACUGCAACCGUUGCUCAUUCCUUCUCGACGAUGGAGCCAUACUGAUGAGAGCGAGUGGGAACGAUUGUUGCCGGCAUUGGAACUUGCUUACAAUACAACCUCUCAUUCGUCGACGGAGCUCAGCCCUUUUGAAGUUAUGAUAGGGCAAAAUCCAGUGACUGCCGGGGAUAUAGAUAUUGUUGGUGAUCUUGCGCCUAAGGUUACCCCUCCAAUGAAGAAGCUCAUCCCUGAUCGGCCACGAGAUCCUCUAAUGCAAUCUAAGGAAGCAGCAGUAGGGUGGCUUCCGUUAACGGACAAAGAGGGUAACUCCACUGACAUAUACGAAGUUGAUUACAUACUCAAUCAACGUGGAUCGGGAAAGGACGUACAGUAUCUGGUCAAGUGGAGAGGUGCUCCUGAAGACCGGGCUACUUGGGAACCAGCGUCUAACCUCACAAAUUGUUCCGCCCUACUUAGGGCUUGGCGCCGUUAUUAUAAUAAAGUAAGGUCUGCUCAGGAGAAUCGCGUGGCUUAG